AUGGAUCUAGCAAACGAACAACCCUUAUUCACUUGCCUGUCAUGCUCGAUAGCCUUUCUUUCCGCGGAGGAGCAGCGCACGCACUACCGCUCAGACCACCAUAGGUACAAUAUGAAACGUCGCGUCGCAUCCCUCCCACCAGUUAGCGUUGCCAUAUUCAAUCAAAAGGUGCUCGAGCGCCGUCAGGAGACCGCGAUCAUGUCCUCACUGAAAGGUAGCACCUGUGAGAUGAAAACAUACACAACAGAAAAUGCGUAUAGAUCCCACAUAAAUUCCAAGAAGCACAAAGAGAAUGAGCUCAAGACUGUCUCGCGGCCAAGUCAAGUAGUACCACAGCCAGACGAAGUUCCUAGCGCCCCUGUAGAUCCCCCGCCGUCAUCCACGCUCCCCGUCAUCUCCGAAACCCCCAUACCCAAAGACUCGACCCUCGGUGUACCCGCGACCGCUACCGAGGAUGACAUCAACGAAAGCAUAGACGCUAAGAUAGCUGCUGCCCGCUCACGUCUGUCUCCAGCACACUGCCUCUUUUGUCCGCAUACUUCCUCCACGCUUUCAGACAAUCUAACGCAUAUGUCUUCUUCGCAUUCCUUUUUCGUACCUGAUGCCGACUAUCUCGUCGAUCUUCCUGGCCUCAUCACAUAUCUUGGUGAGAAGAUUGCAGUUGGAAAUGUCUGCAUCUACUGCAACGGUAAGGGACGUGAGCUUCGGACACUCGAGGCUGUGCGGAAACACAUGCUAGAUAAGGCUCAUUGCAAGAUCGCCUACGAUUCCGAGGACGACCGACUUGAGGUGUCAGACUAUUACGACUUCACAACUUCAUAUCCCGCUGACACACGGAAGAAGAAAUCUAAACAGAUAUCCGCGGAGGACGAGGAGUGGGAGGAUGCCGAGGACGACAGCGGGGAUGCAGAAGAGGUCGUCGAUGAGGCCGCUUCAGAGCCUCCUGAUUCUGAAUCAGAUUCUAAUGAAAGCAUACCCGAGAACCAGAUCACUUAUGGUGAUACCGAGUACGAACUUGUUCUCCCAUCAGGUGCACGUAUCGGUCAUCGGUCUAUGAAGCGCUAUUACGCACAAUCCCUGCAGCCCACGCACGUCCAGAGUAAUGAAGACCGCAACUCUGGGAUUGCACUUGUCCGCAGAUUGCUCGCAGACAAGAAUUCUGCCCUCGUACCCCGCAAGGGUGGGUUUGGCGCACAUGGGCAAGGAAUGGAGACUGUGAAAGCCAGGAAUCGUGGUGAAGCAAGAGAGGCAGGGAGGCACGUACGAGAGUUCAGAGAUCAGAAGCGCAGGGAAGAUUUUAAGACACGAGUAGGUUUCAUACACAACAGCCAGAAGCAUUUCCGGGACCCACUUCUACAGACGCAGAGUUUCACUGUGCAUGGCAAACUAUGCAUGAUAUUCCUUUGGCAUUUCCAAAACCACUACCUCUUGUUAUCUUGUCCCAUGAAAGCGUCUCUAGAAGGCGGAAACAUAAAAAAAUAA